GUCUAGCAGGGUGCUUCACUGACUGAUUAACAAACAGGAAAGUCAAAAGCAGCCAGAUUAGAUCUAUAUAAGCACUGCUGAUAGAUAUAGGAUAGCAAGAUGAUGACAAGUUGGUGUUGGGAAAGGAGGUAUGGCCAAUUCAGGUGGACUUCCUGCUGGAGGCAGCAUUCUGACGUUAAACAAGUAAGGGGAAGGGUAGUGGUCUGAGGCCCUCUCGAUAGAGACCUGGAUGAAGGCCUUUCGUGGCACUGAUGGAGAGGGAGAUGGGUGCUGGAGCAUUGCACACCCAGUCCUUCACAGCCGGGAGUUAGCUCAUGUGGAGGCAAGGGGUCAGGAGGAAACCUGGUGCCCCCCCCAUAUGCAUUUGCAUUUCCUUCUCCAAAUUCAGAAACUUUCUGCUACUUCCUCUCCCUCCCCCAUCCACAAUGUUCCCCUUGCCCCACCAUAGGACAAUAGUCAGGCUUUUUUACAUUUAUUAUUAAAAAGUUUAAACAUAGAAAAAAUGGUAAGAAUUGUACUGUAAACAUGUCCCCUACCAUCUAGAUUUUACAAUCAACAUUUUCUAUAUUUGCUUUAUCGCUUAUCUAUCAAUCAUCUCAAUUUUUUGAUACCUUUCAAAGUUGCUAAUAUCGAUAUAUUUCAUCUCUAAACCCUUUACUCAGGUUCAGUAUUUGUUUCUGCAUUUCUUUUGGGGGACGGGGCUGAGGAAGGCAAAAUUUACAUGCAGUGAAAUGCACAAACCUGAAGUCAGUACUGAGUUUUUAAAUUGUCUGUGGUCAAGGGUCUGAAGCCAGACUGCCUGGGUUCAAGUCCUGACUCUGCUACUACUGUGUGACCUUCCACAAGUUCCUUAACCUCUCUGUGUCUCUUAUAGUGUUUUUGUCAGGAUUAAAAGAAUUAUUAUAUAUAAAGUGUAUAGAUUAGUGGCAGGCACAAGCUAAGUGUUAUCUGUAUAUUAGGUAAAUUAUUAUUAUUAUCAUUAUUUAUUACCUGAACACAAAGAGACGUCAUCAAGAAGGGGAGCUAACGUAUGACCACCUCCAACUUCCUCAGGCCUGGUCUUUCCGUCCCUGAACUCCUAUUGCACUGUCUACCAUGCCAUUCAAUUUGAUGGGUGCUGCUUGGUGUUGCUUACUCAUUUAUUUGUCCUUUCUUCGCUUGUUCAUAAACAUUUGGUCAGCACCUGCUAAACGGAUGGGGCUCAUUCUGGGCUGUGAAGCUCUUGGAGAGCCUGCCUCACUGCCCUCCUGUCUGCACUGUACCAAGGGAGGUGAUGUUCAUUCCAUCCCUCCUCAGGAGGCAGUAGUCUGUGGUGAGGCAGACCCCCUUCAGCUGCCAUCACUGGACCCAUCUCUAGGGUCUAGGGGAGAGCAUGGGAAUGGAGGAGGAGGUCAGUGCAGUGUGGGGAUAGGUUCUUCUCAGGUACUCAGACAUCCAUCCCGCAAGACCCCAGUUCUUGACCUCAGGGAUGUGGAUGCAACCCUCUCUCUAGCACCCACUUUGGGGGUGUAGAAGAAUUCAGACCGCACUGAAAAUCAGGAGUUCUAUAUUCUCGUUGCAUUUUUGCUACUUGACUUUCCUGCAAGUUACCUGCUCUACCUGGGCCUCAGUUUCCCUCCCUAUUGAGCCAGAAGAUCUCUAAGACCCCCUCUAGAUCUACCCUGAAAACUUGUCUCUUCACCCCAACUCCUUCCCUAGUUCAGAGAACCCAGGCAUCCAGCUGCCCCGCCCCAGCUCUGGGUAAACAGGAAGAUGGGUGAGGGGAGCAGGGGUGUGUGGAAAGUCCCAGCCAGGUGUGUGGGUCUAUGGGGAGGGGGUGGCCCCACCCCUGAGGUAUGAAAGCCCCCCUGCCUGGGCCCUGGUUCAGUUUCCAUGGGGGCACUGGGGCUGGAGGGCUGGGGGAGGAGGCCCCAGGGGAAAGGCUGCCUCCUACUGGCUGUGGCAGGAGCCACUUCCCUGGUGACCCUGCUGCUGGCUGUGCCUAUCACUGUCCUGGCUGUGCUGGUCGUGGUGCCCCAGGAGCAGGGAGGACUGGUAACAGGGACCACUGAGCCAGGGGCACAGGCACAGGCACAGGCCCAGCAGCGAUUGGGGUCCCAGGAGCUGCCGGAGCAGGAUGCAGAAACAGAUCUCAGCCCCAAGAUCCCUGCUGCCCAUCUCAUAGGCGCUUGGACGCAGGGGCAGGGGCUGGGCUGGGAGGCGAAGAAAGAAGAGGCGUUCCUGAGAAGCGGGACACAGUUCUCCCGCGCCGAGGGGCUAGCCCUCCCGCGGGACGGCCUCUAUUACCUCUACUGUCACGUCGGCUACCGAGGCCGGGCGCCCCCUGCGGACGGGGACCCCCUCGGCCGCUCGGUCACGCUGCGCAGCCGGCUGUACCGGGCGGGGGGCGCCUAUGGACCUGGGACUCCGCAGCUGCUGCUCGAGGGCGCCGAGACCGUGAACCCAGCCUUGGACCCGACCCGAAGGCUCUGGUAUACGAGCGUGGGGUUCGGCGGCCUGGUGCAGCUCCGGAGGGGCGAGAGGGUGUAUGUCAACAUCAGUCAUCCCGAUAUGGUGGACUACAGGAGAGGGAAGACCUUCUUUGGGGCUGUGAUGGUGGGGUGAUGGCCACCCCGUGUCCCGGGGUUAAACGACUGCAUGGUGGGAGUGUGUGAAUCAGCCCAGAUAUUGGGGACCCAGACACCAGAGACCCCGUGACUGUGGGAAAAUGUAGGAGACUGUUUGGAAACUGAUUUUGAACCUGCUGAAAUAAAGAAUGCGCAGUUUUAGUGCUGCCAAUACAG